CCCUGUCAGAAAGCUAAUUAAGCUUCAAAAGCUUCGCAAAUCACAAAAAGCUUUCUCCUAAAAGACUAAAACCCGUGCUAAACCCUCUCUCUCUCUCCUUCUUCUCAUCCCAUCUCAACGCGUGUCCUUCUGACUCUCUCUUCCUCCUCUCUUUCCCCUCUUUUCUCUUAACCGUGUUCCCAGAUCGAACUCAAUCUUUCGAUUCCGAAAGCACCCACUCCAAAAUCUAUCGGUUUUGUCACUUCUCUUUCUAUCUUUCCGUGCUGGUUUGUAUGGGCCAUGGCCGAACCUCCAUUACCUGUUGAGAACGAGAACAAGUUGUGGAAGGGUGUCUUCGCUGUCAUUGGGAUCAUAACAACCCUUGUUAUCUAUGGUGUCUUACAGGAAAAGAUCAUGAGAGUUCCUUAUGGGGCGAACAAAGAAUUUUUUAAAUACUCGUUGUUUCUUGUCUUCUGCAACCGCAUUACGACAUCUGCUGUGUCUGCAGGAGCUUUAUUGGCAAGCAAAAAGGCCUUGGACCCUGUUGCUCCAAUUUAUAAGUAUUGCCUCAUAUCAGUAUCAAACAUACUGACCACAACAUGCCAGUAUGAGGCUCUCAAAUAUGUCAGUUUUCCAGUUCAGACACUUGCAAAAUGUGCCAAAAUGAUACCUGUUAUGGUUUGGGGCACAAUCAUUAUGCAAAAAAGAUACAAGGGACAAGACUACUUAUUGGCAGUCCUAGUAACACUGGGUUGUUCCAUUUUUAUUUUAUAUCCGACAGCAGCUGACAUUAGUCCAUACAACAGAGGAAGGGAAAGCACAGUUUGGGGAGUUUCCUUAAUGGCUGGCUAUCUCGGGUUUGAUGGCUUCACAAGCACGUUCCAGGACAAACUAUUUAAGGGUUAUAAUAUGGAAAUACACAAUCAAAUAUUCUAUACAACACUGUGUUCCUGUGUUCUUAGUUUAAGUGGACUUGUAUUACAGGGGAAUCUUCUUUUAGCAAUAGAUUUUGUAUACCGCCAUAAUGAUUGCUUCUUCGACGUUGCACUGCUUUCAACUGUUGCAACAGCUAGUCAAUUCUUUAUUUCCUACACAAUCCGCACAUUUGGUGCUCUCACAUUCGCCACCAUAAUGACCACAAGACAGUUGGUGAGCAUCAUGCUGUCUUGCAUGUGGUUUGCACAUCCUCUAAGCUGGAAGCAAUGGAUUGGAGCUGCUAUUGUUUUUGGCUCUCUUUAUGCGAAAAGCUUUCUAAGAAGUAUACCUCAGAAGCCUACACCAUCAGAAAAUGUGCCGGGAUCCAGUGCUACUUCAUUGAAUGGCAACCCCUGCUAUGAUAGGACAUGACUGUGAAUCAUGACUGGACUUCCAUGUUCCUAUUACACUGGACAAGCUGCCAUUCUUAUUCUGCAGACACUGCUGCCAUGCGGAGAAGGAUAUAAUUGAAGAGUAUAAUGGUCUGGCAUAGAAAUCUUUUAUGUCAUUCAUCUCGGGAAGGCACAGCAGGUUAAAUACGAUAAAUUUAUGUUGCCCUGAUCUUUGCCAUUUAAGUCAUUUAACAUGUUACCUGGAGCCAAAUGAUUCUUCUCCUCCACCCCUUUAUACUAGCCCCAGUUUUAGUUCUGGUAGGAUUAACAGAUGCGCCUAAUCUUAAAAGAGAGAGGCAUCAUAACUGCUACAGAAACCUUCUGUACUGGCACGUGGAUAGUCAAAAGAAAUUUUUGAUGG